AUGGAUCAGAGAAGAAGAGGUGAUCCAAGAAUAUACAUCGUCACUCUUCUGUUUCUGUCAUGUAUCCUCUCAGGAGGAGUCCUUCUCGGACUUUACCUCCACCAACAUGAUCCGAAUCCUCUGUUUCUGCAAGCGGGUAUGUUCUUCGUUUGUGUCCCUUGGCUCUUCUGGCUCUUGGCUUACGUUUACUCCUGCGUCCUCAAGCCUUGCGCGGUCUCUGUGAGCAAGAAGAGCGUUACAAGUUUUGAUCCGGAGAAAGGCGAGGAGAAGAACAACAAGAAUGUGUCGGAGAAUGCAAUGCCAGCUUCAGAUCCUGUGGCUGAGGCCGAGCCGAGUGAGAAAGCCAACUCUCAUUGA